GCGGAAACAGCGGAGACCACUUAGCAUGUCCAAAAUCUGUGAGUAAUCACUAAGACCAGUAUGUAACCAUGGUGAUGGCAGGGGUUUUGCCUCAGUGGGAGAUGACUCUGUACUGGCUCCUCUCUUUUGGCUCACACCUCUACUCCUUCUACGAGCUUCAUAUUUUCUCUAAAGGACAUGAAGCCAGCCUUGGCAGAGAGGUAGACCUGGAGAGAGGAUUUCUCAUCUGGGGCUUCAAGAAGGAUCCCACAGACUUUGAGUGGAGUUUCUGGAGUGAGUGGGCACGGCACUCUCUGCUCUGGUCCCUGAUUGGCCAUGCUGUGGUGUCCAGGCUGGCUGCUCUCUUUCUGCCUCAGUUCCGAGUGGCCAUUCUUACACUGUAUGGCUUUCUGUUGGCCUGUUGUCUCUUGGGCCUGAAGGGUGUGGCUGUUAUGAUGCUCCAUCUAAGCAUUUCAUUGGCUGUUGCUCAGCUACACAGCCCCACCCUGUCCUGGAGCUGUGCUUUACUGCUGCUCUCCACCCUCCACAUCAGCAGCCUGCAGGACAUACAGCGUAGUUGGUACAAGACAGAGGAGCAGUACUUUCUGUUGCUCUUCAGUAUUGCUGUCUGUGCUCUGCGCUGCAUAAGCUUCAGUCUGGAGUACCACUGGCAGUUUGCUCAAACUGGAGGAUCAGAUCAGCUCUGUUACACUCCGAAAGCCAGAAAACUUCAGUUCCAACUGUAUAACCUCACAUCCUACUGUUUCUACCACCCACUGUUCUACAAUGGUCCAGUCAUCACCUACAAAGACUUCAGCCAACAAAUCUACAGGCCAGUGCUUAAGUUGGAUGCUGUAUGUGUGUUGGGUAGUGUAGUACGUGUGAUUCUGUGGUGGUGCAUAGCAGAAGCUAUGAUUCAUUUCAUGUAUAUGCAUGCCAUCCAGAGCAAUGAGACCUACUUGGAGAUCCUUCCACCCUGGGCACUGGGUGGUUUGGCUCUAGCUUUGGUGCAGUUCUUUUAUGUGAAGUAUUUGGUCUUGUUCGGUGCUCCGGCGUUGGUGGUACGACUCGACGGUUUGAACCCUCCCAGAAUGCCUCGCUGUGUCAGCGUAAUGCACAGUUUCACUGGGAUGUGGAGACACUUUGACGUGGGGCUGUACCGCUGGCUCAUCAGAUACAUCUACGUGCCAGUGGGAGGCUCUCGACAUGGUGUGCUUCGUAAGGUCAUUUCUACAGCGUUGGCGUUUGGAUUUGUGUGUUUCUGGCAUGGUUGCCAUGACUACCUGCAGUGCUGGGCUGUGCUGAACUGGUUAGGGGUUUUACUGGAGAACGCAGUGACGACCGUGCUCUCCACUGCACCCCUCCACUCUGCCAUAGAGCGUUGGCUCUCUCCUGCCAUGCAGAGGCGCUGUCUGGCUCUACUGUAUGCUUUCUCCACAGCCGCACUCAUACUGUCCAAUCUAGUAUUUCUCGGUGGUAUCCACGUUGGCCGAAUCUUUUGGAAGAGAGUCUUCAUCCAAGGCUGGGCGACUAUUGCUGGUCCCAUGGUUGUGUUCCUGUACUCUUUUGCUCAGGUUGGACUGGAAUGGGACAGCUAACAUCUGUUAUAUUAGGACACACACAGAAACAUACAUACACUAAAGCAAGCUCAGGAGUCUAACAAGACUGGGUGAGGAUCAACACCCUGAAGGGACCACAGAGAGUCUCAAACACACACACACACACACAC